GAGCAGUAAGAUGGCGGCUCCGGGCAGCGUGUUGUCGCUCAGUGCCGGGCAGUCCUCGCUGGAGCUCGCCCUUGGGGAGGCCGGGAACCGGGAGGACAGAGAGCGGCUGGUCCUGGAUUAUGUGGGGAACCUGUCCACCCGGGCCGGAGAGCUCACAGUGCCAGAACUCGCUGCAGGUCUGGAAUGGUUGAACACAGAAUGUCCGCUGUCUCUGCACGGCAAUCUGCACGGGAAGGUUGUGGUUCUGGACUUCUUUACAUACUGCUGUAUCAACUGUAUUCACCUCCUGCCGGAUCUACAUGCCCUCGAAAACAAAUAUUCUGAUACAGAUGGUCUUGUCAUUGUUGGUGUGCAUUCGGCGAAAUUUCCAAAUGAAAAGGUUCUGGAUAAUAUAAAGAGUGCGGUUCUCCGAUACAACAUCACGCAUCCAGUGGUGAACGAUGCUGACGCAACCUUUUGGCAGGAGCUGGAGAUCACCUGCUGGCCCACUCUGGUUAUACUGGGUCCUCAGGGAAACCUUUUAUUCUCCCUGAUUGGAGAAGGGCACAAGGAUAAGUUGUUUCUGUUCACUGCCAUGGCAAUAAAGUUUUACAAAGACAGAGGCGAAUUAAAUUUGGAAAGAAUUCCUGUGAAAUUGUACAAGGACUCUCUGCCUCCUUCACUUCUGCUUUUUCCUGGGAAGGUGACUGUAGAUGUUUCAGGGGACCGUCUGGUGGUGGCAGACACUGGGAAUCAUAGAAUUCUGAUUUUAAAGAAAAAUGGUCACAUCCUUCACAUUGUAGGAGGACCUGAAAGUGGCUGGAAGGAUGGAACUUUCUCAGAAUCGUCCUUUAAUUCCCCUCAGGGAGUCGCUAUUAAAGACAAUGUCAUCUAUGUGGCCGACACGGAGAACCAUUUAAUUAGAAAGAUAGAUCUUGACACUCGAAUGGUCAGCACAGUGGCUGGUGUCGGAACUCAAGGAACCGACAAGGAUGGAGGGGCACAAGGAACAGAGCAGCCAAUCAGCUCCCCCUGGGAUGUCACAUUUGGGGCUUCAGAUGGAAUCCAGCAAUCCGUUCUGUGGAUCGCUAUGGCUGGAACACACCAAGUCUGGGCUCUCCUGUUGGAGGAAGGAAAGCUUCCAAAGGGGAGCCCUCUUCCCAAAGGAUCAUGCAUUCGCUUCGCUGGGAAUGGUAAUGAGGAAAACCGAAACAAUUCCUAUCCGCACAAGGCUGCUUUUGCUCAGCCCUCUGGCCUGACCAUGGGCUCCGAGUCGUGGAACUGUCUGUUUGUUGCAGAUAGUGAGAGCAGCUCAAUCCGGAGUGUCAGCCUACAGGAUGGGGCAGUGAAACACGUUGUGGGUGGAGAGCGUGAUCCAAUGAAUCUUUUUGCUUUUGGUGAUAUUGAUGGAAUUGGAAUCAAUGCUAAACUCCAGCAUCCACUGGGAGUAGCGUGGAGCCCAUACACUAAUCUCUUAUAUGUGGCAGAUUCGUAUAACCACAAGAUCAAAGCUGUAGAUCCGAAAACAAAGAACUGUGUUACCAUAGCUGGCACUGGUGAGGCUGCUAAUGUCGCUGGUGUAGACUUCACGCACGUGGCAUUCAAUGAACCUGGUGGUCUGUGCGUUGAUGGCCACUUGUUGUAUGUUGCAGACACCAAUAAUCAUCAAAUCAAAGUGCUGGACCUGGAGCGCAGGACUGUUACUGAGCUGCACAUUCUGACAAGUGAAGGACCAGAUGUCGUGGACAGUAGGCUGCCAGAGAAAUGUAACUUACCAAAGUUGCCCAAAUCGGCUCCUAAAAUUAAUCUUGCACCCAUAAGUGUGAAGCCCAAUGCAGCCCUUCAAUAUUUAUUAACCCUCAAGCUUCCAGCAGAGUCAAAGUUAACAGAAGGGGCUCCGAGUUUCUGGUUUCUUUCUGCAGAAGGACAUGAAUGGCUCCUUGAGGGACAGAAGACCUAUGGUGAGAUUGAAGAUCUGACAAAGCCUGUUCAGAUUGAGUUGGUGACCCCAACGGAUUGUGCAUUAACAAACGCUGUGCUCCAAAUCAAUGCGUGCCUUUAUUACUGUGCCGAAAACAGCAGCGUUUGCAUGAUGAAGGCAGUUUCAUUCAUUCAACCAUUACUAGUAACCACUGGCCCACCAAGCAGUGCCCUCCAAAGGGACCUCUCUUACACCUUCUAAGGCAAUGCUACAAAAUGCUGAAUAUCAAAAUGUACUUAUUUAUACACAAUUUGCAAUAUACCAAGCUUUUGCAGUGGCUACAAGAACGGGAUAAUCAUACAGGUGCCUAGUUAAGAAUCUUUUAUAAUUAACAUAAGAAUUGUCCUUCCCUCCUGAUUAAGAACUUAUAUCUAAGGGGGUUAUAGCUCAGUGAUUCUUCUGUUAUAAAAGGAUAUUGUUUUAGGGCCGCAGGUGGGAAGGGUCUGAUUUCAGGAGCCGGAUUGGAAGCCUCAUGUUGGUUGGUGAAGAUCAUUUGGGUCACGUUGUCGUAAGGAAUGCCCAUGUCUACCCAUUAAAUCUGCAUUACGGACACCUAGAAACGCUGAAACCGUGCAUCACCAACAAGUAGAUCUUAAUCAAAAAACACAUCUUGCCAAAAAGUCCUUAAUUAAACCCAUGAAGAGGUGCCUUUCUCCUCGAGUCCUGGAUACACAUGCCAUGGAUUAGAAAUCUAAUUUCCGUGUAUUUAUAUUCGUUUAACCAAUUAUUAGAACUCACAACCAAUGUGCCUUCUGGAGCAUAUUUACUGUUCCUUUAAUGCCGCUGCACUUUGUGUAUCUUGAACGCAAAUUCACGCCUAUAAUCAUGUUUAUUUGAGGAACAUAUAAAUGCCAUAGCAACCUGCAUGGUUUGUAAGGGAACCAGCAAUUCCCAGUUUUGCCAUUAAAGCUUAUUUUUUUGAACCUAAAAA